AGCCUGCCUCGGAUCUCUUAUUAAUGAAUUGAGCAGUCGCCCGGCUGCAUCACUGCACAUCUCCGCUCCGUCUGCUCGGCUGCUCACCGCUCCGACACAGGAGGACAGACGGAAAACACAGACGGCAGCAGCACAGCAGGAGCUGAACACCGGCCAUGAAGCGACGACAAAGAAACACAGACUCCCACGAUGAGGACACCACCGGGAACAUGGCAGCAGCUAUUAAAAACAAGGACCCACAUCCAGAUCUUCAACCGCCGGGUUCACCUUCUCCAUCAUCAUCAUCUUCUCCUCCUCUCCUCCCACUGGCCCUGCCACCGUCCACAUCUGCCUCCGCUCUCCUGGCUCUGGCCUCUCCGGCCACCAGGCGCUCCAUUUCCAUGGGGGACUUCCGGAGGGUGGCAGGGGCUCUCCUAACCAGGUCCGACCCCCCGUCCACCUCAGCCACGGCCCCCUCGUCCAAGCACGUCACCCCCAGCUCCAGCAUGGAGUUCGAGGCGGCUCGUCGGCGCCUCCUGGAGGUUGAGGAGCGCCAGCGGGUCAUCAGAGAGAUGGAGCGACGGCUGGAGGAGCUCAGGGAGGUGUUUGUGCGCUCGGAGGAGGAGGUGGUGGUUCACGGGGAGGUGGUGUCGAGGAUAUCUAGCGGGGCCCAGCAGGGGGAGCUGUAUGUGGCGGAGAACAGCCAGCGGCUGAAGAAAGGCCUGAGGUUCAAGAAGCAUCGACCCACCAUCGUCUUCUCCUCCAUGCUUGGACUCCGCACGUGCCUGCCCUGGCCUGUGAAGCUCAAAUAGGACUUUCCACCUUUUUCAACUUUUGCUUUCGAAAUGUGCUUUACAUAAACAGGAAGACCAACUUCCAUUCUUUAGAGAUCACACAUUGUCACGGCUGCUCUACAGUUUCCACCUUUCUGCUAUUAUAUCCUGAGGCUGGUCCAUCAGGUCUUUAGAGUGCCUAUCACAAAUGCUAGUAAGGAGCUUCCUGUUAGGUGCGUUUCUGACCAACUUCAACCAGUGCUACGUGAACAGCAUGUCAUUUUGCUUUUCUUGUUUACCACCGAUACUUUGCUGCUUGCAUUGACUUGAAUAGGAUGGAUCGGACAUUGAUAUAGAAACCAUGGUGUGUGGAUGAGUCAUGUCCAGGUGAGGUAACAGGAGCUUUGCUGUGCAUCUCGGCAGCAACGGACAAAAGGCCAAUGAGGACGUCAACCGUCGAGAAAAAGGGAUGAGAACGAGGGAAGCAUUAAAACAGAGGAGAAGGGCAGUGGCAGUGGACGUGGACAAGAGAUGAGGCUUGGUAGGGAUUGCUGCAUUGUUAUAAAACCAAGGACCCAGGAAGGAGCUAGGAAAAUAAUGCAGUUUGUACUUAGUGGAGGGUAGAGACGUUUCAAUUAAUCGUGCCUUGGCUUCUCUGCGACCACUCGUCCACCACCGGUCGCACACACCGUUUUUUUAGGCGGCAUUGAACAACUGGGAGAGCAAGAGAGGUGUUCACACUUGGACGAUUCCACCCGUGGCCUCUUUUUUUUUACCCAGUCACCUAGAAACCGCUCGUCUCUCGACCCUAGAUCCACUUCCACAAAACCUACCAACCGUAUCCGGCAGAGCACCGUAACCACAACACUCCUCCACCGCUGCAGGAUUUAGGAUCUACAGGUUUCUGCUGCGUUUAUUUACAUAAAUUAGAAUGUUAUGCCGGAUAUUUCUGAUUCAAGCUUGUUGGACCUGAUCUUUUACCUCGGGUUGCACUUAAGUUAAGCCAUGCAUCCGUUAGCAAGGAGAGCUAACCAUCACUGGUUGUGUGUUGGUGUUGAAUGUGACAAUGUCAGGUGGUUGGCACCCCCGAACGUCACCCGUUUUGUAGGUUGCACGGGAACAGCUUCACCACCAUGACGUCAAUUUAAUCUGUUUGUUUAGGCACAGUUUUGGAAGCUAGAUGAUACUUUUUAUUUUGUUAGGUCACUUUAAUAGAUCGGUUGAUAAUUGUGUUGCACUUGUUCACACACAGACGUAUCAUUGUCCCAUGUGCAGUGGAUGACCUAAUUUCUACUUAUAGAUCACUCUGUUUUUUUGGCCUAAUUCUUCUUUUCCUUCCCACCAUUCCUCUUGUGUUUGGAUUAGGGGAUGACUGCGUAUCUAUUCCACCAAUCCUUUUUCGCUUCAGCUUUGUGUGUGUGUGUGCGUGUCUGUGUGUGUGUAGAAAUCACAGCCGGUACACCAGAGAUAUCUAUUUUGGGCGUUCAAAGGUUAUUGCACAGAGGCAGGCAUUCAAUCUUGGUGCAGCAAUGUGGGAGCAAUUUAGCAUCCAUCUUUAUGUGUGGGCUACUUUCCAAAAUCAUGAAAAAGGGAUUUCUGCAGAGCAUGAAUCCAAGAUUCUUCUUCUUCUUCUUCUUCUUCUUCUUCUUUGCGCUGUUUGUUCUUCUUUAUAAAUGACCCCUGAAAGAACAAAGGCGGAAGGCUGUUUACAAGACAGGCGUAUGCUCAGACUGUAUAAUUGCUCACUGUAGAUUUCCGUGCAAUUAUAUAUUCCGGUUUUAAUUGUUCCCUGGAUGGAAAGACGGGCAGGAUGGGCAUACGCUACUGCGUCAUGUGAGACGCAUUAGAGAAUCAUGUAAAAAAGACAAGGGCAAAAGAAGAAAGUGAUGUAUUGCUUUAAGACCAGAUCGCUUGUUCUGAGGCAAAGUGAGAAUAAAAACAGAAAAUAUCUAAACAACACAUUUAGUUUAGUCAUGUACAGUAAGUUGAUCCAAAUCAAUCAGAACAAGGCCACAGGUUAAUUUUGGUUAUUUUCUAAUUUGACUAUAAGGGCUUCAACUACUUAUAGUUUUUUUUUAAAGCACAUUUAAAGGGUUACUCAACCAAUUUUUUAACAAAGAUCUCAGUGAUAAUAACAAUAAUAAUAAAUACAAAUAAUCUAUGGUUAUAUAAGCUCAAGGACAUUUUAAACAGUACCUCUACAAAAUUGGUCAUUGGAGACACAUGUAUGAAAUUCUAGUGCAUCAUGGGGAAUAUAGUUUCCUGUUGAUCUAUAGCUUGACUUAAAAAAUGGACUCACAUAUUCAGGGAACCUGUUGUUGGGCAUCUCGCCCCUGAGUUCCCCCUUUAAGUGGUGCAGUGUUUCUGACGUUCAGAUUUCUGAUCACCAUGCUGACUUAUUAUUGAAUGUUGACUCACUUGAAACAUUCCACACAUAUACACGACCAAGGGAACUACUGCUUUCUGUCCUUGUGCACAUCUAUACCAAACAAUAUUCAGCUGAGGUCAAGCAAGUGCAGAAUAAAAAGUUCUUUUAGGCCUUAAAACAUGUCUUCAUUAUCCUAAUGUAUGUGUACAGCUAGAGCUACAACUGAAUAUACAGCGGGCCUAUAUAUUGCUUUUUAAUAUGCCUUAUCAGAUGUCUGUCUACACUUUGGAAGGAGCCAGUGAUGAGUGUGAUGGUAAAGAGGUGAACUCACUCAUUAUCUGGUCGGAAGAAAAAACCAUUAAAAGAAAGAAAAACAAACAAGUCAUGCACUGUUGUGGCACUGCACCUUUUGUGUUUUUUCUAUGAAUGAAAACUACGUUUCCCAAAGACCUCUGGGCCCACUUGCAGAAAGAAUGUAAUAUGUUACUCAAGUGUUUCGUUUUUUUUCUUCCUAAAGACUAAAUAUCCAACUGUUUGAACCUGUGGUGGAUAAAUGGAAUUUAACAUAAGUUUCAAUGAUCAGCGAGUAAACACUGACCAACCACAUCAAAAUCACUUUUCUAAUAUGUAUUUAUUCUUUUCUGAAUGUUUUAAUAUUUUGUGUUUGUUUCUGUGAUGUGUUUUGAAUUUAUCGCUCUGGUGAACUAAGCACAGAACUUUUAAUGUUUCCUUAAAUCAGGUGUUUCUUAGCUUUUAAUCACACUAUAACUGAAAAAUUAUAUUCUACUUCAGAAUGAAUGUAAAAAUGUCAUACGCUUAAUUGUAAAAACAGGUUUGGAGUCAAUUUACUUUCAUUUCCAAAUGUUAACUGAAAAAGUUAUGUGUGUAAUUACGUAGCCUUAAUGUAGAAUCAUUCAUUUGACAAUGAAUGGUUAUAGUAAUCUUCAAAUGUAUUUUAGAAGCAGCUGGAUGGAAAGUAAUUUGUCCCCAAACCUCCCUCAUGUUUCAGCAGUGUGUCUGUAAAGGGCAUUUGCUUCCUGCAGUGAAUGAAUGUACAUGAAUGUAAGUUCUGCUGUUUUACGUGUGCGUUUGCGACCACUUUAUCUCAUUUACUUGAGCACAGAGCUACAAUGUACAAGACUGGUAAAUGUUUAAAGAUAGAUUUAAUUUGCAGGAUCAUCAGAUUUUGUAAGAAAGGCUGAAUUAUUAGAAUAAAAAUGAAUAAAUGACUGAAAUGUUGCAGAGAAGUGAUUCUUUCCUCUAAACAGGCUGCAGACUCUCCUGCUGCAAAUCGCCUGUAUAAAAUAUUAAUUUCUAAAGGUGGGAUCUCUAAAUAUUACAUCUUUUGCAGUCAUGUGGGAGGUCUGGGAGCUGUUGGGUCACCUUGCAGCAGCACA